GCGAGGAAGGGGCGCAGUCCCGGUCAAGGGCGGGAGUCAGCAGGCAGCACCGGGGCCGCGGCGCACACCCUCUGACGGAUCUUCCGCGCGCCGGUUCCGGGGCCCUCCAGGUAGUUGUGAUCUCAAUUCAAGAGGAAGGUGUGAUAGCAUGGCGUCUGUCUGGGUUGGACACCGAGGGACAAUGAGAGAUCAUCCAGGCUUUAGCCCAUCUGUGGAUGCUGAGGCGAUUCGUAAGGCAGAGAAAUUGGAACUGAUGAGAAGACGCACAUCAGCAUUCUGACUGAGAGGUCGAAUGCACAGCAGCAGCUGACUGUUAAGGAAUAUCAAGCAGCAUAUGGAAAGAUGGCAGAACCUGUGGACCCAAAAGGAGCGGUUGCACUGGCAGGGACGAGGUGGACUUCGGGUCGCCAUGGGAGACUCUUGGUGGAGCACAGGCAAGAGUUGGGGCGGGAGGACCUGCACCACAUAACAAAUACCCACCAGCUCUCAGAUCCUCGAGGGUUGUAGGAGCACCGAGACAUUCGAGCUGGGAAAUGAAGACUGUGAUAGGGCAGAGUGAGACCCAAGCUUCCCCGGGCAAUGGCAGCGUGAGCAUCUGUCCAACUGCCAAAAGAUGAGAGUUGGCAUCUUACCAGAAUGUUUGGAGGGACAGGAUGAGAGGCGCCUGGCCAUUGGCCGGAAGCGCGUGGCGGGGGAGGGGGGUUGCGGAAGCUGCCUCGUGAUUGGCCCGGGCCACGGGGAUGUCACAGGGAGGCAUUGUGACUUGAGGGCAAGGCAGUUAUAAAAGCCCAGUGCUCCGACCAUCUCCCAGACGGAGGAUAUGGCUUUUCAGCUGUUCCUGCUCUUGCUCUUCAAGGUGGUGUCCUCUGCCGCCGUCUCUGCGCCUGCACAUGGCAUGCCCCAGGCCCACUUGUCCUGCCCCGGGCCUCUCACCCACACUUGGUGUACCACAUUCCUGUUCGCAUCCAGCUUUGAGCCCCUUUGCGGGCGGAUGAGCCUACGCACCCGCACCCGGCGCCUCCUCCACCCGCAGCCCUCCUCGGGCCUGGCCCAGCUCCUCAACACUGUGCUCAGGUUCUACAACAGGGGCUUGGACAUCUGGAACCAGAACCAAGCAGACCCCCACACGGAGGGGAAGCACCCCUCCCAGCCCUGUUGGCCAAGAGACCUGGACAUGUGCCAUGCCUCCAACUCCACACUGCACAGAAGGCAGCUGGCCACCCCUCCUCAGACAUCCAUGGACCCCAGAUCCAAGAUCUCCACCUUGGCCCUCCUGCUACACAAAGGAGAGUCACAGACUCACAGGGCGAGUUCCUGUACCUCCUGCCCACCUCCAUGCAACCUCUCAAAGGGCUCUCCAGCCCAUGUGGCACCACCAGCCUGGGUGAGGCGACUGGUCCAGUUAGGGCCACCAGUCCUGGCAGGGCCAAAAGUCCAGGCAAGGCGACCAGACCAGGUGAGGACACCAGCCCAGGAAGGACCAGCAGCCCAGAUGGGACCAGUGGCCCUGGUGAUGCCGCCAGCACAGGUGGGACCAACAGCCCAUGUGGGGAUGUUUUCCCAGGCAGGAGCAACAGCCCAGGUGGGGCCACCAAGCCUUGCGGGACCAAUGGCCCCGACAGGGACAGCAGCCCAGGUGAUGGGGCCACUAGACCAGGCCACGACUCCAGCUGAUGCCAGGCUACCAGCCCAGGAAGGCCCAGCAUACCAGGUGGGGCCACCACUCCAGUCAAGUCCACCAGCCCAGAUAUGUCCGUCACCCCAGGCGAGGCUACCAACCCAGGUGGGGACACCAGCCCAUCUGGUGCCACCAGCCCAGUCAGGUCCACCAGCCCAGGUGGGGCCAACACCCCAGGUGUGGCCACCAGCCCAGGCAGGGACAGCAGGACCGGUGAAGAUACCAGCCCAGGCGGAACCAACAUGCCAGGCCAGGCCAACAGCCCAGACGGGAACACCAGCCAUGACAGAAACCCUGUGGUCACAGCUAGGCUUUGGAAACAUUGAGAGUUUGCUCCUUCUGUUGACUCGCUGUGCUCUGGUGCUGCUCUUUUCCUUCUGGACAUUUAUCUCAUGCAGAGAGAUAAAGGACUACCGUGAGUUCCAACAAGAGCAGUUGGCAGAGCUGGGGAAAGGAUUGAAGAUGAUGGGUAAAGCCCUGGGAGAACUUGAGAAGACACUAAAUACAGAAAGAGAACAUAAAAAACAUCUUUCCAAGGAGCUGUCUGAGCUAAAGGCAGAGCUCAGAAUUUCUGAAAAGGAAACAGAGAGAUGGAAAAAGCUGUUUUUUCUAUUGUCCCGGGCACAACACCUUUUAAAGGCCUUCCCAGAAGAUGCAAAGGGGCACUGUGCGCAGGUGGAGCAGGGCCCUUAGAGGCAGGCCCAGGCCUGGGAGCUGGAGAGUUUCUUCCUCCCUGUGCACGCCCCCUAGAGGGGGAGAAGAGGGGUGGGGAGG